AUGAAGACUUACGGUCUCUGGAGCACGCUGGCCGCCCUUGGGUCAUUCACCCUUUCGUCUGCAAAGACCAUCAACUUCGUCGCACACGAGGAUGACGAUCUCCUCUUCCUCAGUCCGGACCUGAUCCGAGACAUUCUUUCAGGCGAGCCCAUUCGUACUGUGUUCCUGACUGCGGGAGAUGCAGGACUGGGAUCCGACUACUGGAAUGCGCGCGAGGAGGGCUCGCGCGCUGCUUAUGCGCGCAUGGCCGUGGCGAGCAACAACUGGGACGAAGAUGUGAUCUUUGUCGGAGACAAGUCCAUCACCCUCUACACGCUGCAAGACGACGAUGACAUCUCCCUGGCGUUUAUGCACUUGCCGGAUGGCAACAUGGAUGGAACCGGCUUCGGCCCCGACCAGAACGACAGCUUGCAGAAGCUGUGGAACGGCGACAUUGACGUGAUCCGGACCAUUGAUGGGUCGGGGAUCGAGUACACGAGAGACGAAUUGCUUGAGACCAUUGCCGCCCUGAUUGAUGACUUUGACCCCGACGAGGUCAAGACGGGUGACUAUGUCAACGACUUUGGUGAUGGCGACCACAGCGACCACUAUGCUUGCGGUUACUUUGUCGACAAUGCGUUGCAGCAGGCCGACAGCGAUGCUGGGCUGACGGGAUACUACGGGUAUCCCAUCCAGUACAUGGACGUCAACUUGGACGACUCGGACAUUGAAGACAAGACGAACAUCUUCUACGAAUAUGCUGAUUACGACACUGCCACCUGUGCCUCUGACGAUGCUUGCUCGAGCCGGCCUGAGUCUGCUUGGUUGCUGCGCGAGUACGAGGUUUAA